AUAGGUGUAGAAUAGGUUAUUGCCGCCAAAGACAAUUCCGGCUUGGGACUCUUUUUCCGGACUCAAACUCUCUCGUCUGAAUGUUUGCCACCUGACAAUCAGGCUCCGCCACCUGGAAGCAAACACAUUGCCCUUUGUUCGUUAUUACCCCGUACGUCAUCUGGGUUCAGUUGAACACCCCACUUUGCCUCCCAAUCGCGAGAACCAAAGUCCACAAAACAACAAAACAAACAAACCACCAAGCUCUGCUUCAACCAGAUUGACAAAAUCCAAGACUUCGUAAACAUGGCGCCUACCGAGCUUCCCGAGUCGGGCAACCCGCUCGUUUUCUUUGACAUCACACUCGGUGGUGAACCUCUUGGCCGCAUCAAAUUUGAGCUCUUCAAGGACGUGGUGCCCAAGACGGCCGAGAACUUCCGCCAGUUCUGCACGGGCGAAUCCAAGAGCAACAUCGGCCGUCCCCAGGGCUACAAGGGCUCCAAGUUCCACCGCAUCAUCCCCAAGUUCAUGUGCCAGGGCGGUGACUUCCUCAAUGGCGACGGCACCGGGUCGACCUGCAUCUACGGCACCAAGUCGUUCGCCGACGAGAACUUCAACCUGAAGCACGAGGAGCCGGGUCUUCUGUCCAUGGCCAACGCGGGCCCCAACACCAACGGCUCGCAGUUCUUCAUCACGACGGUGGCAACGCCGUUCCUGGACGGCAAGCACGUCGUGUUCGGCCGCGUAGUGGACGGCAUGGACGUGGUCAAGAAGAUGGAGGCCACGAAGACGGGCUACAGGGGCAAGGACGUGCCCAACCUGGACGUGGUCAUUGCCGAGUGCGGCGAGAUGUAGAGUCGUCGUCGGGGCGGCGGGAUACCAUCAUACCAUGGGGGCAGGCAGUCGUCUCGGUUUUCUGGUUGGCUGGCUGGUCGAUAUCAAACCUGGGGAGGCUAGUUAGGUACCUUGCGCGGUGGAUUAUAUGCGUGGAUGGAUGAAGGGGGGGAAUGGUUAUCGGUGGAAACUGGCGUGGCGUUCACGAACUGAUUGCGCGUUAUGGGACACAAAAAACAUUGCUCUUUUUCUGACCGCGAAC